UGCAUCGCUGACUGGAUCGGUGCAUCAGUUUUGUUUUGUGAAAAGUAAAAGUGCAAAAAUCGUCACUCCGUCGUCAGCAAAAUUUUACGUUUUCCGUAAUAUUUACGCGAUUUUCCUAUUCAAACUAUUCCUAAACCAUGCACUAACAUCUGUAGUGUACGUUUCGAGUGUUGAAUCUUGAUUUCCAGCGUUGAAAAUGGACGGAAACGUCCCAUCCGAUCAGGAAUCGGUCGCUUCCGGUGGAUCCGGCACCGCCAAGAAGGGUCCGGCGAGUCCGUUCGAUAACCUCAGCCGGGAGGAUCUGGUCAAGAAGUGUCGCGGUUUGCUGGGAAUCGCCCAGAAGGCAAAACAGGCAAAGGAUGAAUGCCUGGAAGAGAACCGGAUGCUGAAGGAGCAGCUGUCGCAGGCGGAGACGCAAAAGGCAGCCGAUAAGGAUUGUCUGAAGGCCAUGCAGGAAAUGGUGGGUUCACUGACGGAACAGAAGCUUAGCGCGGCCAUGAGGGUGGAUGAGCUGGAAAAGGCGGUGGCAGGUUUGAGGCGGGAAAUCGAUGGCGCUGCCCUGCUAAGGGAUCAACUGGAUAAACUAUCGGUAGAGAACGAAGCCUUUCAGAGGCAGAUCAAACGACUGACGGAUGAGAAUGAGGAACUGCUGACGGAUUUGUCCUCGAUGGAAGCGAAGAUGAAGGAGCUGGGGGAAGAGAAGGACAAGGUAAAUACCAGCAAGAUAGCUUUAGAGCAGGAAUUGCUCAAGGCUAAGAACGAAACGGCACUGUCCGGAAAGGAAGAGAAGCUUAUACGAAAGCUUAAGCUGUACAAGAACAAAGUGCAGGAGAUAUCUGCAAAGGUUCUGCUGCUGAAAUCAGACCGAAAAAUCCUGAUGAAAACCGUGAAGGAUUACUCGGAGCAGGUUCCCAAGUGGCAGCGGGAAUUGCUGAAGGCGUCAGACGUGUUGUUCACCCGAAUUCAAACGCUGGAAAGGGAAAACGCCGCAUUGAAAAAGGCAAACGCAGAAAGCGCGAAUCAAAAGGAUGUUCAAGAACGAGAAAAUGAGUUGGAAAACAAGUUGCAGGAAAUGAUUACCGAGAAGGUAGCACUGGAAACUAGUAUCGUGGAUAAGCAAAAAGUCAUAGAAGACAUUGAAACCAAGAAUAGUAAUCUGAAUACGGUCAUUGUGCAAAUGGAGGAAAGACUGCGACAGGAAGAGGUAGAACAUCAGAAGCUUCAGACAGAACAUCAAAAACUUUCGGAAGAGUUGGAUCGCUUGAGUGCUGAGUCAACAAAAGAUCAAUCCGAGUUGCAACAGCAAAUCGACGAUGUUCGAGAGAGAUUUGCCCAACAGACAGAGGAGCUUGAAAUCAAAAAUAGCCAGCUAUCGGAAUAUGAGCGAAAGCUACAUCGUGAAGAAGAGGACAAUGAAAAAGUUGCAAGACUGCAAAAAUCACUUACUGAGACUCAUGAGACCCUUUCAGAGAAGGAUAGUCAUCUACAGCAACUCCAGGAGAAAUUGCAGGAGUCUGUUUUAAAGCUGGAAGAUCUGCAGGCGCGGUACGACAACCUGCAAGCAUUAAAUGAUGAAAAUUUGACCGAUAAAGCAGAGCUCCAAGCAGAGCUCGAGCGCCUCGAGGUGAGCAAUCGUGAUCUACAAGAUCGGUUGCAAGAAGCUGAAUCGACUACUAAACAGCUUGCCGAAAUGAUUGAGCAACUCAAGGCGGACUCUGCACAAGUGGCGGCGAAAUUCGUUGACUUCAAAGAACAGAACAAGAAAGAGUUUGCCGACGACAAAAACCGCGAGGAACUUCAAAGUUCUCUUUCAAAAGCUGAGCAUGCGCUCUCGAGUAAGGAAAAUGAACUGCAGCAAGUUCAAGCUCAAGACGAAGCUCUGAAAGCGGAAAUCAAAAACCUUCAGAAGCGUAUUUUGGACGGAGAGGAAACCGAAGAAAUCGAACUACUUCAAAAAAGUAUAUCGGAGGCUUAUGACCAAUUAGAUUCAAAAGAUGCAGAAUUGUUACAGUUUGAACAGAAACUCCGCCAGGAAGCUGAACAGAACGAGAAAGAACGUAACGCGAUCGCUGAGCUUCACAGUUUGAUUGCAGACAAAGAUGGAAAGCUCCAGGAAUCGAUCUCCUCCUUAGAGGCCAUCCAAGGCCGACACGACGUUCUUGUGGCACAAAACCAACAACUACAAACCACAAACGACGCCCUAUUCGAUGAAAACUGCACCCUCAAAUCAGACCUUCAAACCGUACAGUCCAAACUGGAGCUGGUCAAGCUGGAAAACAGCGACCUUUUGUCGGAACUCAAAGAAAUCAACGAAAUCCUGAAGGAACGCGGAGGCGUAAUCUCGCUUCAGCUGUCGAAAAUAUCUGAACUGGAAUCCCAGAAAGCAGCCCUCCAGCAGAACUCCCCGGACAUUGACGAACUCAAGCAACGUACCCAAGACCUGGAACGUCAACUCGCCGAAAAGGAAGCCGAACUGAGAGAUCGGGACCGCAGUUUCGACGCCCAGAGCGACGUCAUGUCCACUUCGACGAUUUCCCGUGCUGAGGAAUCAGCGCGGAUGCGAGACGUGGACGACAGUUUCGAGGAGAAGUACAACAAGUUGCGCUCGUUGGCAGUGAAGCUGAAGAAGAAGGUCGCCGAACAGACUCUACAGCUGCAAAAGUUCGAGAAAGAGCGUGAAACACUGACCAGCGAGAAGAAUUUGCAAUCUCUACAGGCAGAAUACGACCGGGUGUUGGAUCAAUUGGAAGCGGAACGCCAAGGCACUCAACAGAAGCAAGCUGAACUGAGCGAGUUGAAGGAACGGCUCGAGAAGCAACAGCAGGAGAUUGAAACGCUCAAUCAGGUGCGCACCGAACUAGACAAUAGCAGCAAGAAGGACAAGUCAUCACUGGAGACGACGAUUCGGGAGUACCGAGAGCAGUUGCAGAACUUGAAACGCGAAAAGGAGGCGUUCAAUCUGGCGAAGAAGGAGAUCGAUUCGGAGAAUCAGAAGCUGAAGGCGACGCUCAAAGCCAAGGAGAAGCAGCUGAAUGACGAAUUGGAAGCGCAGAAAGAGCUGAAAGCGGAGGUUGAAAAGUGUCGUCUGGCGGCCAAGAAAGCCAACGUUUUGAACUUGGAGAUGGAAGCGUAUGAAAAGUCGUUGGCUGAGCUGAAUAAGAAGCUGGAAAUGAAAAAGGUACACGAGAAGGAGUUAGAAGGGACAAUCGAAGUUCAAGAGGGAACCAUCAAGAGCCUGAAGAGUCAGCUGACGCUGCUGGAACAGAGCAUGAACGCGGAGAGAAGCCACUCGCUAGAGUUGAAGAAGAACGUGGACAUGCAGCAGGAAAAGCUAAGGAUCAGCGAACACCAACGAGGGGAAAUCAAUGUGGAAUUGGCCCAACUUAAGGUGGAAUACGAGCGAAUCAAACUGGAGAUGGAGUCGAAUCGAGUGGAACUGAGCGAAGCAGUCACCGAGAAGGAAAAGACAAACAAUCUGAUGGAAUCGGAGAAGAGCAAAUUACUGAAGCAGAUUUAUGCUUUGGAGUGCGACGCUGAGGAGUUAAAGUCAAAAUUAAAGGAAAAAUCGCAAGAAGUAGAAGACGUUCGAACGGAAUUCGCCAGCUACAAGAUCCGGGCGCAGUCAGUUCUGAGGCAAAACCAGAACAAAGAAGGCGGUAAGGAACGGGAGCUUCAGGAAGAGGUCCAAACCCUCCAGAAGUCCCUCGAGCUGUCUCAACUGAAGAUGCAAACUUGUUCACAGCAAAUCUCCGAACUGAGCAAAUCUUGCGAUGAGCUGCGAGAAGACAAAACGAGACUUCAAAACCGUUGCAAAGAGCUUCACGAUCUUCUCGAGGAAUCUCGUCUUCAAAACGAAUCCCUCAUGGAAGAAAGCCGUCGCUCAAACCUCAACCACCAGGAAGCCCUGAAAACGCAACGCCUUCAAAACGAAACCCUCAUCAGCUGCUACAAAAAGCAGAUCGAAGACCUUCAGGAGCAACAUUCCAAGGAAGUGGCAAACCUUCAAUCUCGCAUCUCCCAAGCCUCCAUUCAUCAUCUCUCGGACACUUCCAGCGACUCCCGCAACAACAACCAUUCCAUCACAGCCGCCAGCGCCGGUUUUGGCUUAUUCCGCGGCCAGCACAUAUCCGACGAGCAGAAAAUCAACCUUCUCCUGAUGGAGCGUGAGGACGGUGAAGGUUCCGAAAGCACCUCCUCGCACCCCCAGAACCUCCCGUCCGCAACGCGACGGAAAUCCUCUAACUCUAGUCAACCGCCUCAACAGCAACGCACCCGUUCCAAUCGGGACCUGAUCCCGCUGGACGAACUGCUGAACUCAUCCUUCGACGACGGUUCCACCGUUUUCGAGGCAGAUUCGGUGGCGGACCAUUCGGCCUCGGGAUCCCCAACCGUGGAACUGCAGCACACCAAAGACAAGCUGACCAAGCAGGAGAGCCGGGUUCGGCACCUGACGGCCCUGUUGGCCGAAGCCGAGCAGGAUCUGGCCAAGCUGACGCAGCUGAACGAGCUGCUCAAGGAGGAAGUCCGAAGGCACGAGCGGGCCAUCGAACGGGAGAAACACGUACAUAACUCGGAGUAUCUGAAGAAUGUGAUAUUUAAGUUCUUAACCCUUAACAGUGGCGACGAGAAGUCACACCUGGUUCCUGUGUUGAACACAAUUCUUAGGCUAAGCCCGGAGGAAACGCAGAAGUUGAACAAUGUGGCGAGAGGUACUGAUGGUGGUGGACGCGGCUGGACCGGUAUACUUUGGAACUAGUACCGUCGUACGCUUAAGGUAAGUUUAGCGUAACGGAUCUUCGACGUUAUUCCGUUCAGAUUUUCUGAAUAUUUAGCGUUCCAUAAUUUCAUCGAUAACUUUUAAUUGAUGGGAGUUUUACAAUGGAUAGCUAGUGAUACACUGUUUUACCCAUAGAUUUAUAAAGACGGCACAGUUCUAACUUGAUUUCUUAUUUAAUGAGGCCCAAUAGUGCUAUACGGAUAGAUAACCAUGCAAAUUACGAAGAAGAGUAUUAGAUUAGGGAUACAAAUGAGGAAUAAUAUAUGAAGUUAUCUGAUGAUUUUA